AUGUCGCGCGCGGUGUACCGCGACCUCGGGUUCGAGUUCUCGCGCGCGGUGUUCGGGCUGCAGCAGCGCACGCCGCGCUGGAAGAGCUGCACCGCCAACGCCAACGCCAACUUCGGCGUCGCGCUCAGCUACCUGUACGUCAGGAAACACUUCGCCAACCACUCCAGGGAAAAGGCGAUAGAAAUGGUGGAGGACGUGCGUGAAGCGUUCGCCGAGGCGGUCCACCAGCUGGAGUGGAUGGACUCGAGCACGCGGCUGAAGACGCUCAGCAAACUGCGCGCCAUCAGGAACUUCGUCGGCUUCCCCGCCUGGCUGCUCACGCGCAAGCAACUCGACGAUCAUUACAAACACGCCGAAGUAGUAGAAGGAAACCUAUUCGAAACGUAUCUAAAGUUGACCUGGGCGGCAGUGAAGAAGUCCCUAAACUCCUUGAGAGAAAAACCGGAUAGGAACAGAUGGGUAGCGACUGCGACUACGGUGAACGCGUUUUAUUCAGCAACACUGAAUUCAGUCACAUUCCCUGCUGGAAUUCUACAACCACCAUUUUACGGAAAUGGAUUGGAAGCGAUCAAUUACGGAUCUAUCGGUGCUAUAAUGGGACAUGAAGUUACCCACGGCUUCGAUGAUCAAGGUCGGCGAUACGACUCGGAGGGCAACCUGAAGCAGUGGUGGUCGGCGGCGACGCUGGAGCACUACCACGGCCGCGUGCAGUGCAUCAUAGACCAGUACAGUCGCUACCACAUGCCGCAGCUGCCCAACUAUACGGUGCACGGCAUCAACACGCAGGGCGAGAACAUCGCGGACAACGGCGGCCUGCGCGCCGCCCUGCGCGCCUACACGCGCCACGCCGCCCGCCACGCGCUGCCCCCGCGCGCCCUGCCCGCGCUGCCCUACCAGCCCCUACAGCUCUUCUAUCUGGGGUUCGCGCAGAUAUGGUGCGGCAACUCUACUGUAGGGGCGUUGAAAUCCAAAAUGGUGGAAGGAGUGCACAGUCCAAACAAAAUCCGAGUGAUAGGCACCCUCAGCAACUCAAAGGAGUUUGCGGAAGCAUGGCAGUGCCCCCUCGGCUCACCCAUGAACCCCGAACACAAGUGUGUGCUGUGG